AAAUUAAGUACCAAAAAUAAAUCUUCAAGUAUUUUGACAAUAGCAUUAACUCCUGUCAGGAGAGAAACAGUUGCCAAAUUGAAGGUUGCAAUCAAUGGAUUUGGACACAUUGGCAGAAACUUCCUUUGGUGCUAGCAUGGCCGGAAAGACUCACCCCUUGAUGUGGUUGUUGUUAAUUACAGCGGCUUCACACUUGUUGAAAUACGAUUCAAUGCUUGGAACUUUCAAAGCAGAAGUCAAAAUUGUGGAUGAUACCACCAUUAGCGUUGAUGGCAAGCCAAUCAAGGUUGUCUCUAACAGGGGCCUUCUUAAGCUUCCAUGGGCUGAUCUUGGCAUUGAUAUAGUCAUUGAGGUGGAUCCUUGCACUUCCUCCUCAUCAAUUGCAGUUCUCUAAAGCAUAAUUUCUUUCACCAGCACAAACACCUUUAGUUUCAGUUUCAUAGUAGGAAUCUUUUCAACAACUGUACUGGAUUACUGAACUGCGCAAAGGGAUGGAAAUUUAAUUAAAGACAAAAUUUUAGGAGUCUUUUUAGAUGACUGGAGAAAUUCAUAUGCAUUCUCUAGGGAACAAGAGUUUUCAUGGAUGGCCCUGGAGCUGGGAAGCACAUUCAAGCUGGUGCUAAGAAAGUUAUCAUCACUACAAGGUGCACCUUUUGUAUACUUUUAUAUCUAUUGUUUUGUUAAAAUAAAUCAAUUUAAAUUUU